CCUGAGUGCUGUAGGCAGCAGCCAAGGAGACCUUGGGCGGACAGCGCUGUCUGCUUCUGGCCAUGAGGAACACCAGCAAGGAGGUGCAGGGUGUCUCACACCGCUACGCUCCCUGUGAUUGGUAUUACCACCUGCCCACAAAGCGCUCUGAGAAGGCUGUGGAUGUCCCACCAGCGUCCCAGAUCCCAGGACUCAGUAAUCUGGAAGAAUCACACAAUGGGAACACACCUGGGACUAGGAAGUACUGGAUAAAAGAAACGGACUCAGAAUAUGUGAAGCUUGCAAAACAAGGCGGCAGACCUGAUCUGCUGAAGCAUUUUGCCCCUGGCACGAGGCAAGGCUCCCCGGUGGCCUAUGCCCUACCCGACUGGUACAUCCACCACAGCAAGCCACCCACGGCCCACCAGCAUGAAGUUCCUGUGGUCUCCAUGCCAGACUACAUGGUGUAUGAAGAAUUCAACCCUGGUCAGUCCAACAGUAACUAUGAAUCCAGAAGAGGGCCCUUUGACUUUGACAUGAAAACGGUUUGGCAAAGAGAGGCCGAGGAACUAGAAAAGGAGAAGAAAAAGGUGAGGCUGCCAGCCAUUAACUCAAAAUAUCCAAGCAAAACGGGGACCCCGCUUGGCCCUAAAGACACUGCUGGAAGCAGACUGUCUUUCCCUCCCAUGCCUGGUCAAAAAACCAGUUCCCCAACAAACUUUUCCAAACUUAUUAGCAAUGGCUAUAAAGAUGAAUGGUUACAGCAGCAGCGAGCUGAUUCCGACAAGAAGACGCCAAAGACGUCCAGGUCCUCAGUGUCAUCUCAGUCCACACAGGAUCCAGAAGGGUCCCAGGAUACAGAGACACCCCAGGAUCCAGAGGCUCCUGAAGGCUCUGAGAAAGCUCAAGAUGAGGUGCACCCGGCAAGUGAGUCUUCUCCUCCAAGCCCAGAAGCAUCUCCAGCUGCAUCGACACCAGCAGAGCUCAAAUAAACCUGGGUGUAAUUUUUACAAUGACAUUUUUAGUAGCUAACUAUAAUACAAAUCAGGGCUGUAUUUAUAAGGCUCCCAUUUGUAUAUUAUUAAUAUAGAUUUUUAUAGAACAAUUCAUCUUGCAGCAUAUUUGGCAUUGCUGUGGCAUAGACGGUGGAAGCGUUGGUUUUUGUUUCUUGCCUUUCUCUAGGGUGUUAAACACAUGGUCAGUAAACACAACCAUGGCCUCUAUUACCCUUUCCCUUGUUGGCCUGGUAACAUCCCAAUGUCUUGGGACUGAUCACUUCCUCCCUGACAUCCACUAACAUCACUUCCUGUGUGCCCCAUGGUGGGAUGGAAUUUCUGUGAGAUUUUGAACUAGAAGAUCAACAGAAUAAGCUUCAAGAAUCUUCUGUUCUUUGCUCUUUGUAGGAAUAAUCUUCCUGUUACAAAACAAAAUUCCAGAAUAUGGUGAUAUCUUUUAGAUUUUAAGAAGAUUUUAUUAUACCUUGAUGUUUUAAGAACUUAAUAUAAAACAUUGUAACAUUUGCUAGUCUUAAAUUUUUGCUAAUACUUUCAGAAUAAACUGAAGUCCAUUAAACUAAACACUUAUUAUUUUGUAUCAUCUAGGAAAAAAUAUAUAUUUAAUUUUAAUAUGUAAUUUAGUAGGUAUAACAAAAACUUUUUAAGAAUCAAGAUUGUUGUUUUAUAAAUGUUGUUCAUAUAGCAUUAAAAAUAUAGUUUUAUAUUUUUGACAUUUAAUUCAUUGACUAAAUAAGUUUUGACAGGAAAGUUUUUAGGAAACCAAUGAGGUUACAGAUAUUUUAGCUUCUUUUCCCAGAAUUAACUUAUCAUGCAUUUGCUCAGCUAAAAUUUGUUUUAAAUUAAUUCAUUAACUGGCCUACGUGAGCACUUAUAUCUAUAUUGUUUGAUCAAACUUAUGGUAGUAUGGGGGAAUACAUGCAAUAUGUAAGAAUGUGAAUGGCUGUAUGUAUUGAAUAAAAACAAUAUACCAAUA